AUUCUGCUGCAUUAUUUCUGUUUCCUUCAUUGCACAAGAAAAAAUCAUUUUCUUCAAAGAAGAAGAUAUCAUUGUUCUAUUGAUUUGAAAAUUGGUAGAGAGCACUCUUGGAUUGCACUACAAUCACGAAAUGAUUAAACUGUUCUUUGUUACUACUCGAGUGUGUGUAUAUAGAACCCAUUCAGAGCCAGCUCAUUUCUAAUCUGAAAAGGGACCGAACCAAACUAUUCAGACUGAUCCUUGUUCUGUCUCCCUUUGACGGUUCCAACUAUUAAUCUUGGCGUGGAUAACCCUUGAGGGGCUCUUAGCUUUCUCGAUUUUUCUAACCAGAGAAAGAUAAACCUCGUACUAGUCUCCAAAACUAAAUCAUCAUCCCCACGUAAACGCUAAAAUAUGCACAAAUUCUGUGUAUGACACUGGAAUUUAUCAAGCUGCAUGUGUAGGAUUAACACAUGCACUUAGCUUUUGAUGACAUAAAUGCACCAAAUCUCAUGGACGCUUCAAACUUUUCGGCACCUUUUAAAGGAGUGCAUAGCCAACAAAGACCUCCUAAUAGGCAAAUCGCUCUACACACUUUACCUCAAAUCACUACUCCCUCCUUCAACUUACCUCUCCAAUCAUUUCAUCAUCCUUUACUCCAAGUGCAACCGCCUCACUCUUGCUCAUCAUGCCUUUAACCAAAACCAUGAACCAAAUGUCUUCUCUUUCAAUGUUCUUCUCGAUGCUUAUGCUAAAAAAUCUCUCACUCACAUUGCACGUGGUUUGUUUGAUCAAAUUCCUCAACCGGAUGCUAUCUCCUAUAACACCCUCAUUACUGCUUAUGCAGAUUGUGGGGAUAGUUUAAAUGCUCUAUACUUGUUUAGGGAAAUGAGGGAGACGGGUAUUGACAUGGAUGGGUAUACUCUCUCGGGAGUGAUUACUGCUUGUUGUAAUGAUGUGAAUUUGAUUAGGCAGUUACAUUGUUUAGCUGUUAAUUACGGGCUUGAUUCUUAUGUUUCUGUGAAGAAUUCUUUUGUUACUUAUUAUGGUAAAAAUGGGUUCUUGGAGGAGGCUGAAAGAGUGUUUUAUGGGAUAGAAAUUGAGAAUAGAGAUCAAGUUUCUUGGAACACUAUGAUUGUGGCAUAUGGGCGGCAGAGAGAAGGUUUUAAAGCACUGAAAUUGUUUCAAGAAAUGACUCACAGAGGCAUUGACGUUGACAUGUAUACUCUAGCAAGUGUUUUGACUGCAUUUACAUGCUUGGAGGAUUUGUUUGGGGGGCUUCAGUUCCAUGCUAAUUUGAUUAAAACUGGUUUUUACCGGAAUUGUCAUGUAGGUAGUGGUUUGGUUGAUUUGUAUGCAAAGUGUGGGGGUGGUAUGUUAGACUGUAGGAAAAUAUUUGUAGAGAUCCGUGAACCAGAUUUGGUUCUCUGGAACACUAUGAUUUCUGCGUAUUCUCUAGAUGAGGAACUGUCUGAAGAGACUCUUGAUUGUUUCAGACGGAUGCAGCGUGCUGGUUUUCGGCCUGAUGAUUGUAGCUUUGUGUGUGUUAUUAGGGCAUGCUCUAAUUUGUCAUCUCCAUCGCAGGGAAAACAGAUUCAUGCGAUGACAGUGAAAUCUGAGAUCCCUUCAAAUCAAAUAUCCGUAAAUAAUGCACUUGUUGCUAUGUAUUCAAAGUGUGGAAAUCUUCAAGAUGCUAGACGUUUAUUUGAUAGAAUGCCGGAACAUAAUACGGUGUCAUUCAAUUCGAUCAUUGCAGGCUAUGCACAACAUGGAAUUAAAACAGAAUCACUUUGCCUUUUUGAACAAAUGCUUGAGAUUGGUAUUGCCCCAACAAGAAUAACCUUUAUUUCUGUCCUUUCUGCUUGUGCGCACACUGGAAAGGUUGAGGAAGGAAGGAGGUAUUUUGAUAUGAUGAAAGAAAAGUUUGGUAUUGAACCAGAAUCAGAACACUAUUCAUGUAUGAUUGAUGUUCUAGGUCGAGCUGGCAAGCUGCAGGAAGCUGAGGAGCUAAUAGAGAUGAUGCCAUUUAGCCCAGAUUCUGUUGGUUGGGCUGCAUUACUUGGUGCCUGCAGGACACAUGGAAACAUGGAGCUAGCAGAGAAGGCAGCAAAUCAGUUUUUGCAGCUGGAACCUACAAACGCCACACCUUAUAUCAUGCUUGCAAAUAUGUAUUCCAGUGCCGGAAAAUGGGAAGAGGUAACUAGAGUGAGAAAGCUUAUGCGAGCUAGGGGUGUGAAAAAGAAACCAGGAUGUAGUUGGAUUGAGUUAAACAAGAGGAUACAUGUGUUUGUGGCUGAAGAUAGAUAUCAUCCAAUGAUAAAAGAAAUAAAUGGGUACUUGGAGGAGAUGUCAAUGAAGAUGAAGCAAGCUGGCUACGUGCCUAAUUUGAGAUGGGCUUUGGUUAAGGAUGAUGAAAUAAGGGAAGGAGAGAAAGAGUUCAAGAUAAGCCAUCACAGCGAGAAACUAGCCGUGGCAUUUGGACUGCUUUCAACAAAAGAUGGGGAGCCAAUACUCGUGAUGAAAAACCUCAGAAUUUGCGGGGAUUGCCAUAAUGCAAUCAAAUUUAUCUCUGCUAUUGCCCGUAGAAUCAUUACUAUCAGGGAUACUCAUAGAUUUCAUUGCUUCAAGGAAGGGCAAUGCUCUUGUGGCGAUUAUUGGUGAUAAUAGCUAACAGUUGGUAGUAAUGCUAAGCAUGAUAGAAGUAACCGGCUGACUCACAACUAUGACUUAUUCAGAAGCCCAUAAUUAUACAUAAUUUAUCAAAGUGAAGGCAAAAUCAUAACCUUUUUGAUAGUCUGUUGUCUCAAAGUUCUUGCAAAUCAAACGUUCAUUAUGUGAAGGUGAAGGUGAAGGUGAAGGUGAAGCUGAGGCCAAUAUAAAUAUUGGGCAUGAAUUGCUUGUUAUGAAGUCCAGCAAAGACACCAAGUUAGCACAUGUGCAAAACAUUCUGAAAGUAAUGGAGGCAUUGAUGUCGAGCAUUCAGGAAAUGGAGUCAAGAGUGUGUUCACAGACUAGCGUAAAAGUUUCCCUCAAAUUGUUUCCCUCUUCAACAAUCUAUCAGACAAUUUUGCGUCACAAUUUUGUCCAAGAUGGUGUGAAAGUAUAACACUGGGACUCUACAAGUAAUGGAUUCGGCGGGAGUACCAUAUGUCACCUUAUUAUAGAUAAUUAUUUAAUACUAUUUUAAUUAA